AUGCCGCCCUCAACCCCCCUAAUCCUUCCAAAAUCCCACCCCUCCCCCGCAAAAUUCCAAACCCUCCUCGACCGCUACAAAUCCCUCCGCCUCUCAUCCCUCCUCCUCUCUCCAUCCUGCUUCGGCUCAACCCACGCCCGCGAAGUCGCUUUCCCCCCAGAGAAAUGGGUUUCCCGCCUCACGAACCCCGGCGCGACAACAAUAAUCAUCUACGAGGAUGCGACCUCAUCACCGUCUCCCACCGAUGAAUCCCCUUCCACCUCCUUAGACAAGGCUCUCAUCGCAGAAUGGCUAGCAACACUAACAAUCACCGGCCCCCUCGACUCAGAAACCCUCUCAGCCUCCCUCCUAGACUUUGGUCCACCGCACCAAUCCUCACCAGACGUCCCCAUAUCUCAAUACGUCAUAAACGGCAUGUUCGUAACACCCUCGGCACGAGGAAAACAACUCGGCACCAAGCUACUCGAAUUCGCCAAAGCCCAUGUCGCUUCAGAAAUAGCAACUACUCGCGCAGAAGGGAAGGAGAAGGAGAGGGCGCGGAUAUCACUCAUCGUGGACUACGACAAUGAACCCGCCCGCAAGACGUAUGCGAGGUGCGGAUUCGAGAUUGUUCGUCGGUAUUGGUUUAAUGAUUACCGUGAGGGAAGGGAACCGAGGACCGAGGCGGCGAUUAUGACGGUUGACCUUUGA